ACGCUCGCGCUAAUUUGCUGCUAGUACGUUGUCGGAUGUCGUGCUUCUCUUUCGGGUACACGGUUUGAUGUAAAUGUGAAAAUAUAUACACUUUCUUUCGAUCAGGAAGGCUGAAAUGGACAGAAUAAUUUCCCUGUCGGAUGGCGACAGUUCUUUGGAACUUCAAAAAUACUUGUCCUCCAUUGGUGAAGAGAAGUUGAUCACGCUAAUUACCCAAAGUGCAUUGAAGGGCAAGAUAGUUGGCGUUAUUAAAGCCAUAUUCAAAGGCUCUCCGCCGACUUCUACUGAAGGGUCAGAGCGCAGACUUCUACUUUACCAACAUUGUAUCCCCCUCUGUGAGUCUGGUGAUGUCCACAGUGAAGUGGCAGCCGAUGUCAUUGGACUGCUCAUGCUUGAGACGCACAUUCUGACUGGACCCUCUCUUGCAAAAUUGGGUGAACUUUUUGUGAAAGAAAUCAAAGGGGGAAAAAUAACCAAUGGGAAGUCCUUGGAACUAUUUCCGACUGUGCUGACCGCCAUGACGGCCUGUGAAAAAUUGUCAUAUGGCAAAGGUGAGCUCAGUGGUGAGGAAUUCAAGAAGCAACUGAUCAAUAGCCUCUGCUCAAGCAGAUGGGACCCACAAUGCGUUAUCUACUUGACCACGAUGUUCAGGGAUGUACCUUUGUCGUCAGAUGAGCUGCACUUUCUGGUGGAGAAAGUGCUGCGGAUGUUCAGCAAACUUGAUCUGCAGGCAAUCCCGCCGCUUGUUUAUCAACUGCUCUUGUUAUCGGCAAAGGGUUGCAAAAAACAGGUCCUAGAUGGAAUCAUCAGUUAUUUUAAGCAGCAAGACAUAAACCAACACGAGGAACAGUCACAUGGAGAGAGCGUGGAUCUAGAGGUUCAGUCCAUUCCACAGGACCAAUUACGGCAUGUGGAGGGUACGGUUAUCCUCCAUAUUGUCUUUGCUGUACGGUUAGACCACGAACUUGGGAGGGAAUUCCUCAAAAUCAUUAAGACAUCUUAUGGGGAUCUUUGCCCAUUCAGCGUUGCCUUAUUGCUCUCCGUUGCACGCAUCCAGCGCUACGAGGAACAGGUGUUUGACCUUUUGAAGGGGAGCAUUAUCAAGAGCUUCAAAGAUGAGCAGAUGCUGCAGGGGUCCAAGUUCUUGCAGGACCUCUUGCCUAAGCACUGUAGUGUUUCUCAGAUGAUUUUGGACACAGUGAAAAACAGUGUGUUUGGAUGGGAUCAUGUCACCCAAGGUCUGGUGCAGCUGGGCUUCUUCCUGAUGGACACAUUUGGACCUAAACCCGGACCAUUUGGCAAAACCACAGAAGUGUCUGCUACUGUGGCCAGGACCCCCACUCAGCUGGCAUGUAAACUGGGAGGUCAGGUGCUCCUGCAGGGCUUUAAGAUGCAUGAGGCAAUCAGAGGCGAGAUACUGGAGCAAGUUCUGAAUCGACUGGUCACAAAGACUGCAUCACCUGUCAAUCAUUUCUUAGACCUGUUGUGUGACAUUGUGACCUCUGCUCCUAUGAUACUACUGGAGUCAUCAUCCAAGGUUACAGAGACAUUUGACCACCUGUCAUACCUGCCCCUGGCCACAGUGCAGGGCUUGCUGAAAGCUGUCCAGCCUCUGCUGAAAGUCAGCAUGUCCAUGAAAGAUGCAUUGAUUGUAGUUCUCCGAAAGGCCAUGUUUUCCAGCCAAUUGGAUGGACGAAAGUCUGCUGUGGCUGGUUUCUUGUUGUUAUUGAAGAAUUUCAAAGUGUUAGGGAGCCUGGCCACCAGCCAGUGCAGCCAGGCGAUCUCCUCCAGUCAGAUCCAAGUGGACGUUCAUUCUCGUUACAAUGCUGCUGCCAAUGAAGCGUUCUGUCUGGAGAUCUUGAGCAGCCUCCGUCGUUGCCUUGGCCAGCAGGCUGAUGUGCGCCUUAUGCUCUACGAGGGCUUCUAUGGUGUUGUAAGUCGGAACUCCCAGCUUGCAAGCUCCAUCAUGCAGACACUUCUAUCACAGCUGAGGCGGUACUACGAACCUGAACAAGAUCUCCUGCCCCCAGUGAAACUGCAGCCGUGCAUCACUGCUCAUGGAGAGCAAGUUCACAUUCAGGAGCCUUUGGCCCACCUGGUGAGCUGCACUGUACAUUGCCUUUUGUGGCUUAAAAAUAUGCGCCGUUCCACCAACACCGAUGAUGAUGAUGAUGAUGAUGAUGAGGAUGAAGAUGAGGAGGGGUACCAGUCAGAGCUUCAGACAAUUCUAGAGAGCAUGACAAAGCGCAUGAUCAAAAGUGAAAUGGAGGACUUUGAACUGGACAAGUCAGCAGAAUUUUCCCAUGUUUCCAGUGUCGGGGUGAAGAAUAAUAUAUUUGCUGUUCUGGUGAUGGGAUUGUAUGAGGUCCUCAUAGAGUACAACUUUGUCAAUGCUAAUUACAGUAAAAUUCACUUUGAGGAGCUGAUGGAGCUGUUUAACCGCUACUUCAAGCUGUGGGAGAUCCAGAAAGACAAAUCUGGAAAGGGCCGGCUCCCUUCUAAUAAGACUCCUCGAAGUUUGCUUUCGAUGGGCUUUAUAUCAACUCUCCUCACUGUGCUCUUCAGAGACAGUUCUCAGAGCAGAGAGGAAGCUCUCUCUGUGCUGCGCUCCAACGGAGAAUUUGUGCGUUACUCGCUUUCCAUGGCCGUGCAGAAGAUCCAGCAGCUGGAGGAAACCGGAGUGGCAGACGGCCCGGACGGGCAAAGAUCAGACUUGACUUUCCGCUUCCUUUGUGAAAUGACAAGUGUGCUGAUGUGGCGGUAUACCAACGUCCCGAGCGCAGUGGAGGAUGCUGGAAAGAAGGAUAAGCGGUCCAGUCUGUCCCAUCUGUGCCUGGAAGGUCUUCUCAGGAUAUUCACAACAUGCCAGCAGCGCUACCCCGACAAAAUGCCCAUGCUUCUUACGUCCAUCGGAAACUCGGAAGAUGUUGCUGAGCCAGAAGAGGGUGACGGGAUGAGUUACUUUUACAUCCGUCAAUUUCAGAGAGCAUUAUUUGCUCAGUUAAGUAGAGGAGAAGAUGACUUUAACAGCAAAGAAGCUCAGCUAUUGGUCAGCAUUUUGAGUGUGCUUUCACUGCAGCUUAAGCCGUCAUCUCAGCAGUUUGUUCAGAUGAUCACUUGGACGGUGAAAAUCUGCAAGGAGACAAGCUUUGAGGACUCUGCUUUGUCCAAGGGGCUGCUCUCGCUUCUCUUCAGCCUGCAUGUUCUCUUUAAGAGCCCCGCCAGCUUGUUGCUCGAACUCUGCCAGGACAUCCACAGCCAUCUCGGAGACAUUGAUCAGGAUGUGGAGGUAGAAAAACAGUCUCACUUUGCUAUUGUCAACAUUAAGACCGCAGCAACAGCAGCACUGCUGGUUUUCUCCCAAAUUGACAAAGUGCUAGAUGAAGUGGACUGGCUGAUUGGUAGAAAGAAAAACCAGACAGCCUCUGACAAAUCAAGCCCUGUAGAAGAGGCCACACAGGCUGCAGGUCAGCAGGAUCCUGUGGAGAAAGCAGUGACGCUACAGCUUGGGACCCUCCUGACAGCACUAAAUGAGUUGGUCCAGACCACUCUGCAACUCGGGACUUGCACCAUCACUCUGCUGAGAGAGCUGAGUCGCACUUACACCAUCCUCACCACGCUGGUUAAAUAUUACAUCCAAGUAUGUGCCACUCAAAGUGGAAAACUACCGGCGCGCUUUGAGAAGCUGGUCAAACUGUCUGGUUCCCACCUAACGCCACAAUGCUACUCCUUCAUCACAUACGUCCAGGGUGGAGAUUUAUGUGGAGGUGUGGACGACAAGAAGAAAAAGAAAAGGAAUGAAGUGAACACUGUUGCUUCUUCAAAACUUAUCCGUGAAACCAAAGCUAUUCCCAACUUGAUCUUCAGCAUUGAACAGUAUGAGAAAUUCCUCAUCACUCUUUCUAAGAAAUCAAAGGUAAAUCUGAUGCAGUACAUGAAACUGAGCACAUCUCGAGAUUUCCGCAUCAAUGCUGCAACUUUGGACGCAGCCCUGCAAGAGCAAGACGACAGUCAGGAGGCUGUGUCCCAAGAUGCCGAAGAGACUCAAGAACCCAAACGGAAGAAGAGGAAACAAUGAGCCGAGCUCCUCUCGUUGGUUCGACACAUCUCCAGCUUGCAUGCUAAUGAGCGUCCAGACAUUUGUGUUCACUUGUUCUGUGUGUCC